GCUUUAUAUUUACUUGCAAAAGUAAGCUAGUAUUUACUUGAACUCGGCUCAAUAUACUGAGCCUGCUAUAGGUAUUAUGAGCACGAUCAGAUCAGUACACACCGGUCUAGGUGUUGGCAAUGUGUCUUCUGCACGCUGUGCUAACAAUAGUUACCUGAAUGUUGUACACCAGGCUUUUACAGCCAGUACUGGCGUUGCAUCCACAACUGUGAAUAAAUCAUUUGCAUCCACCACCCUUCGGUGCGGUUUUGGUGCACACGUGAGUAAACAACCUGCACGUGGUUAUGCGUAUACUUCAUCGUCAGCGAAUGUGUUAGGUUUACGCGCAGCUGCCACUAUGAGUCAAGUACAGAAACAAAGGAGAACUAUUGAGGCACUGCCUCCAAAGAGGUGGUGCUCAGCGACUAGGGCGAAGCGGAAAGUAGAGUACGACGAGUACGGCGUAGAGAUCAAGUACGAAGCGCCGUUGGUUAUUCCGUGCUCAUGGCAAGGCUGCGAGCGCAUGUUCUCCACAACACAUAAUUUGGAAAUACAUAUGUGCACACAUACAGGCAAUCAACCAUAUCCCUGUCUCUGGGAUAAUUGCAAGGAGGUGUUCUCUCGAGAAGAUCUGUUCAAAUUGCAUAUAAAGCAGCAUUGUCGCGAUUACGUUAAAGAGUGUGCAGAGAAAAAGAGAGUGGAGGAGAGGAAAGCGGACGAAAUAGCCCAAGCAGAGAAGGCAUCGGAGAAGGUGUCCGACGCGUAGUGCUCCAUGCUGACAAGAGGACUACAUGUAAACAAGACUUGGUAUGUUCUACUAUAAACACGCCCGGCGAAACAGGCGAGAUGUAGACAUUCCGCUGUAUUUAGUUGUACAAGUUACAAGCGCCGUCGGUCCAGACUAUGUUCUCCACAAUGUGUACAGGAAUGUGGAGUAGCUGUUUUUGAAAACAAAUGACGGCCGGGACGUCGCGGGCUGUGGAAACUGAAAGCUCUAAAAUAUACAUGUACUUGUUGGACUUAGUUUCUCAAUUCAAUAAUAUAUAUUCGAUACAUACUUCAAGAAAAAUACAAAACAGAAACAAUGGAAC